AUGAUUUAACUCCUCAUGCCGAUACUGGUCCCAAAAUGGCGCUCAUUAAUAUUUUAUUGAUCUUUUCAACUAUUAUUGGUGCUAUUAGCUUCGCACCAUUUAUCUUACCUCUCGGCACUAUCGCUGGAGCAGAAUUUGGUUUUUUUAUGCAAAGAAUUAUUUCAGGUGCUAUCAGUAUGUGGGCAACCAAUCUUGGAUCCAGAGGGAAAUCGGAGGGUCCUAUUAGGAAUUUAGGAGACCUUCAGAAUCAAGCAGAAACUGACAUGUUAACGUCUUUACAAUCCAUUGUUGAUGAUACCUUUAAUCAUGGAGUCAACUAUACAUUAAUUGACAAAUACAUUGACUUUAAUGACUCUCAAUAUAGUGAUGUAGAUGUCGGUAACUCGCUUUUACCCGGGCUAAAAGCAUCGUUUGCAAGUCAUAUUCUUACCUUCUACGGUGUUGUGGUGUGUAAACCUGAUAACAUCCAAUCAAUUUGUGAACACGGAGACAAGAGCUUAUGCUGUGAUUGGGAGGCAUUCGGUCGAGUUGGGAAAUUUGUAUGUCUUGAACGAUUUAAAUGUAAUAAUCCGGUUGGUUCCCCUGCAAAUUGCUUAAUUCAAGGGGGAUACAAAAACGGCGGAGGUGGUGUUAAUAACGGUCUCAUAAAUAGAAUUGCAAUAUACGGAAAUCUCACAGAUGCAUGUCAGGCAAUGUUUAAUUGGAAAAUUAAUGGUUGGAAUCUAACCCUUGAUGACUGCACCAAUUAUCGUAAAUGUUAA